AUGUCUACAGACUUGAGCAUGGCCAGUUAUGCGCCCGGACCUGGAUGCUGCCAGACGGACACUUUUCCCGUCAGUCUGCGCUACAAUUCAUCCCCUCGCGGCUUGGAGGAAGCCAAGCGCUGGAUGAUGCUCCUCCAGACUGCGCUCGACGAUCCUGUGCACUCGCUUACCACCGAAACGCUGGCUGCUGUCGUUCUGCUCUACACGCACGAGGUCUGCGUCUCACCUUCUAAACGAGCUUGGAUCGUGCAUGCCAAUGGACUGCUUAGACUUCUUGAGCUUCGAGGCCCCGACGCGGUGACUAGUGAUCUGGAUCGGUCAAUACUCCGCGAUCACAUUGGCACCAUCUUCUUGAACGUGGUGCAGGCACGCAAACCAUGUUUCCUGGCCGAGAACGAUUGGAGGCAAGUCAUGAUGCCGAAUGGAGUGCCAAACUUCCUGAGCCUGAGCGUUCAUCUACCCGGCCUUCUCUGCCAGUACGAGGAGCUACGCAGCGCAAAACUGGACAAGACAUCCGGUGAUUGGAUCGAGGGUCUUUGUCAAAUGCAUCAGCAGCUUUGGCUUUGUCUUCGACCCAUCGAUUCUGGCGGCUUGGACUGCGCCAGAGGGGCUGACACAUCGGUGGAGCCCGUGGAUGUCCUUCAGCACGCCUACGAGAUUUCGACGCUUUCCUUCGUCAUUCUGACCAGCUACCUGCUUGUAAAUCUCCUUGGGCCCUCGCUGCCACGAAGUCUCGGCACCCCCAGAGACUAUUCUCUUACAUACAAAGACAUUGUCGGCACGGAGAAUCUGUGUCGCCAGCUCGCAAUCCACACCAAACGCAGGUAUUUCUCGAUCAAAGUCGCCGACCCAAUCGCCGCCUGGGCUUGCGGCACUCCACUCGGCCUUCUGUUGAAGAGGGCAUUGCUGGCUUCGAGCGGGAUUGGGGAGCAUCCACGACCCUUUGAACUUAUUUCAAAAGACCUCCGCGACUGCUUGCUGGAUACAGACUGA